AUGAUGAUUAUUUCUGCACUUUUGUAUGCUGCUAUUUUUGGUCAUAUGACUACAAUAAUACAACAAAUGACCUCCUCUACACAAAGAUAUCACCAAAUGAUUAGCGAUGUUCGGGAAUUUAUUCGUCUUCAAGAAAUUCCCAAAGAUUUGGCAGAAAAAGUAGUUGAUUAUAUUGUUUCAACUUGGACAAUAAGUAAAGGAAUCGAAUCAAAUAAAGUUCUUGGCUUUUGCCCGAAAGAUAUGCGGGCUGACAUUUGUGUUCAUAUGAAUAGAAAAGUUUUUAAUGAACACAUUUGUUUUAAAUUAAUGUCUGAUGGAUGUAAAAGGGCAUUUGCUACAAAUAUGGAAACUAUACAUGCAGCACCAGGCAAAGAAUUAAAUGGAAAAAAUUAG